CCAUGCGGUCUUUGCGAGAGCACGAAGUGACAAACUGCACUAUGCAUAUUAGUCAAGAGUCAAGUCGUCAAGACUGAUCGUAUUCCACAGCCGAGGCAAAAAGUGCUCAAUGCUGUAAAAGAUGGGUGCCGGUUCAUCAAAGAACCUAGCCAGCGGCUCCAAUGGAGAUGACAACUGGGAAGACCAAGGCGGAGCUUUGCUCCAUGUCUCCCUCAAAAUUGACGAUUUUAAGCUCAACGUCAAAUCCGACCUCAUUCCCCACGUCUUCGGCUCCGUUCCACUCGCUGGCCUCUGGGACUCCUCUAAAGCGCUUCCAAUGGAGCGCGAAUCAUCAUCAGUUUGGCAAUUGAGCUUUGUUGUCCCGCCUAAUCACGAAAUGCUGGAGUUUAAGUUUCUAUUCAAACCUAAGCAUGAUUCUGGGCCGUGUAUUGUGGAAGAGGGAGCUAACCAUGUACUUGUUGGGGGAACGCUUCAAGGAGAUCGGCAGACGGCAUUGUUUAAGCUCAAUGAAGAGGAGCUCGUUGAGUCUAAGGUGUACAGUGUAGUGGGGUUAGUUUCUCCACUUGAUCUUUCUGCAAGUUGGAGAGCUUUUCAUGAAAAUCGCAAGCCUUCCACUGUCAGAGGGAUGCCGGAUGUUAUUAUCAAUUCGAGUACACAGAUGGGCUAUGAGAGUGGGUCUUCUACGAACGUCGAGCUUGAUAUUGAGCAUUAUGUUGUUCCAUCUCCGGCACCAUGGGAAAACUCUGGACUGGUUUAUGCAGCUAACUUGACCGAGACUCCGAGAUCAUUGAAUGGUUCUGGGGAGAUGGAAGCAAAUGUCCCAGAUCAAUUUAAAGAGCCUUCAAAUUCUGGCAUGGUUGAGUCAACAUCUGUUGGAACUUUAUCUUUACAAAAUAACAGUACUCACAAAUGUACUUCUGUGGAUAGAGGUGUAGGGUCCCCCAGACUAGUUAAAUCACCCUGUACAACCACCUUCACUCUUGAUCCAAAUCUAAAUUUAGAAACAAAGAAUCCAAUGCCAGCUGCUGCUGGGGCUGUUGCUGCUGCUGCAAUUGCAGAUAGGAUGCUCGGGCCUAAGGAGGACAGGCAUCUAGCAAUCGUCUUGGUUGGUUUGCCAGCUCGCGGCAAAACGUUUACUGCAGCUAAACUUACUAGGUAUCUUCGUUGGUUAGGUCAUCAUACCAAACACUUCAAUGUUGGGAAGUACCGGCGUCUGAAGCAUGGAACUAAUAAGUGGGCUGAUUUCUUUCGUGGUGACAAUCCUGAAGGUCUGGAGGCUCGAAAUGAGGUAGCCGCCCUUGCUAUGGAAGAUAUGAUAGCAUGGAUGCAGGAAGGUGGCCAGGUAGGAGUGUUUGAUGCCACUAACAGCACCUGGCAAAGAAGGAAUAUGCUUAUGAAACUGGCUGAGGGGAGAUGCAAGAUUAUUUUUCUGGAAACAAUUUGCAAUGACCCUGAAAUAAUUGAAAGAAACAUUCGACUCAAAGUUCAACAAAGCCCAGACUAUGCUGAACAGCCAGAUUUUGAAGCAGGAUAUAGAGACUUCAAAAACCGUUUGGCUAAUUAUGAGAAAGUGUAUGAGCCCGUUGAAGAAGGAUCUUAUAUCAAAUUGAUUGACAUGGUCAGUGGCCAUGGUGGACAAAUACAAGUGAAUAAUAUAAGUGGCUAUCUUCCGGGGCGGAUUGUAUUCUUCUUGGUAAAUAUGCAUUUGACACCCCGUCCAAUUUUGCUUACAAGACAUGGAGAGAGCCUAAACAAUGUUAGAGGCAGAAUUGGGGGUGAUACUGCUUUAAGUGAGGCUGGGGAGCUUUAUGCAAAGAAGCUUUCAAAUUUUGUGGAGAAACGUCUGAAAAAUGAGAGGGCUGCAUCUAUAUGGACUAGCACAUUGCAAAGAACAAUUUUGACAGCUGGCCCAAUUGUAGGAUUGCCUAAGAUACAAUGGCGUGCACUUGAUGAAAUAAAUGCAGGUGUAUGUGAUGGCAUGACUUACGAAGAAGUAAAGAAGAAUAUGCCCGAAGAAUAUGAAUCACGGGAGAAGGACAAACUGAGGUAUAGAUAUCCUCGAGGAGAAUCAUAUCUAGAUGUUAUACAAAGGUUAGAGCCUGUGAUUAUUGAGCUGGAGAGACAACGAGCGCCCGUUGUGGUGAUAUCUCACCAGGCUGUAUUGAGAGCUUUAUAUGCUUAUUUUGCUGAUAGGCCCCUCAAAGAAAUUCCAAACAUAGAGGUACCACUUCACACAAUUAUAGAGAUACAAAUGGGAGUGACAGGAGUCCAGGAGAAGAGAUACAAACUGAUGUAGUCUCCCAAGUCCCGACUUUAUUCCUCAUCCGGUGUAGAAAUUGUCAGCUGCAUCUUUGGCACUUUUGGCGCUAUUGUGAUCAACCUACGUAGUCUAAUGGCUUCCCAAUCACUAAGGGUAUGAAUCACGGUUCCAGUACCUGGAUCAAUUCGGACUUGAAGGGGCUGUUUUUUUACUAGAGCCGCUGCGGCGGUCCCGGGUUCAAACCGUAGCUGGAUCGGCUGGUUUUAGGGUCCGGGUCCCGAGUGGCUCAAAUUAGGGACUAGAACUUGCCGGUUCGGUCUUGGUGCAAUCCCAUUUGACUUUUAUAUUUUUCAUUAAUUUCAUUUAGGGAUGUGAGGGUCAAUUUAAAAAUUGAGGAGUGAGGGAUGAAGAGGAAACGGGGUUAAAAUAUCGAGUAGUUUAUCGGAUGGUAGAAGAAUAAGUCAACUUUUUUGAGGUUGAAGUUACUUUUGUGGAUGAAGUAGUUGAAGUUAAUACAAAUGAUAAUUUUAGCUAUUUUUUAUAUAAUUUUUCUUUUAUUUUAUUUAUGAAAUAAAUUUUUAAAUUUAAAUUUUUCAUAAUUAAGCAUAUUCAAUGGAUUCAAAUUCAACCGAUUCAGUCAUUUUAGUGUUACCAAACAAGCUUUAAAGGUGAAGACCGGAACGAGGACCUGUUCACCGUCCCACUCCCCAGUCCCCACCUAGACACCUAGUAGCAAAGACAAGAUCUCCUGUGUAAUCGUGUGGAUGGAACCACCCAGCACCCCAAUAUUUGCACCCCAAAAUUUAUGAAUGAGGGUUCGAAACUAGGCUCUCCUUGAGUGUUUAAUUUUGUUUUCUUCUACUUGUUAAUUAAAUUUUAAAAGCUCAAAAUGAC